AUGACACAACGACGUAACGCCAUCGUGAUCCACUCGGACUACAGCAAGUCCAAGGGCGGAUACACCGGCAAGGCCACGAGCGCCGUGACCAUCAAGGACGUGACCAUCUCGGGUCUCUCGGGUACGGCCACCAACCUGUACAACAUCGUGGCGAACUCGAAGGUCGUGUCGAACUGGAAGUUUUCGGGUGUCACGGUGAAGGCAUCCAAGACGGGCACAUGCAACGGCCAGCCCAGCACCGUCAAGUGCUAA